AUGACGAAGAUGAGCUCGUGGAAUUACGUCGCGACGACUCACAAUCCCAGCAGUGUCUCACAUUCAUGCGUCGGAAAUUUCACCAGUCCUGACGAUCGCAAUCUCAUUUUAGCCAAAGGGAAUCGAUUAGAGAUUCAUCGGAUUACUGGAGAUUCCAUCUCGCUUAUGAUGGAUAUUCCAAUCUACGGAAGCAUCCAGACUUUGCAGAAAUCUUAUCCUGGGGACCAUGAUAGUUGCAAUUUGGUCAUUACAACUAAAAAACACCAAAUAAUUGUUCUUCAAUUCGACGCCAAAUCUCAAGAGCUCAUUACAAGAGCAAUGAAGGAUGUUUCUGCUCUUAAAGGCCGACCACCAGACUGCCGUGAGGUUAUUCCAUUUGAUGAUGAGGGACAUCUCAAGGAUCCUUUUUCGAAAUACCUGGAGGAACCGAUUAUUCUCGAUAUCAAGUUUCUGUUUGGAUAUGAAAAUCCCACAAUUGCAGUACUUUACCAGGAAUGCUUAAUGAAUGAUGAUGCUCGUUAUAUCAAGACAUAUGAAAUCAUUCUAGAAGAUCAGCAGUUUGUCGAGGGUCCAUGGUCACUGACAGCUAUCGACAAUGGUGCUCACCUACUAAUUCCUGUACCACAAACUCUUGGUGCUGUCCUUAUAAUUGGUGAAUUCGAGAUAGCGUAUUUUGAUUUUGACGCUAAGGUACUCAAAAGAUUAGAAAUCAGUCAGUCAGCCUUUCUAGGAUAUGGGACAACUGAUGGCUCUACGUAUCAUCUGUGGGACAUUGCCGGACUGUUAAGUCUACUUAUUAUAGAACGUGAAAACGACACGGCCACGCCCACUAACCUCAGACUUGUGCAUUUGGGUGAAACGUCUAUUGCAUCUUCUAUAUCAUACCUUGAUAACAAUGUUUUCUUUGUGGGAUCAAGCCAUGGCGAUUCACAGCUAGUCAUGACGAAUCUACAUCCUGAUGCAGAAGGUUCAUUCUUAAAAGUCUUGAAAAGGUAUACCAACUUGGGACCUAUGGUUGACUUCUGUGCAGUCGACCUAGAGAAACAGGGGCAAUGUCAGGUUGUGACCUGUUCUGGAGAAUUUAAGGAUGGUUUUCUCGGCGUAGUCCAAAAAGGAAUAGGAAUUGAUGAACAGGUUUAUAUGAAACUUCAAGGUAUCAAGGAAAUGUGGUCGUUGAAGACUUCAGUUGAUGAAUCCUUCGACACAUUCCUCGUAGUUAGCUUUGUCAGUGAAACUCGUGUAUAUGCCAUGAAUCCUGAGGGUAAAUUACAAGGAACGGAGAUUAAGGGCCUCUUGUCUCAAGUGCAGACUUUAUCUUGCCAUUCUGCUAUGUACAGUCAACUUGUACAGGUUACUCCAAAUUCUGUUAGACUUGUCAGCUUUACAAGUGGAGAAUUGCGGGACGAGUGGCACGCCCCAGUUGGAUCCACAGUUAAUGUUGCAACCGCAAAUGCGAGCCAGGUUCUCUUGGCGACUGGAGGUGGCCGUUUGGUUUAUCUAGACAUUGGAGAUGGGAAACUGGCGGAAAAGGAACAUGCCGAUUUGGAGGACGAGGUUUCUUGCCUCGAUAUAAAUCUAAUCGUUGAUGACGAUCCUAAAUACAGUCAGCUAGCUGCCGUUGGGACGUGCACAGAGAUCAGUGUGAGGGUUUUCUCGCUGCCGAAACUGACUCUUCUUACGACAGAGCUACUGGGAGGAAAGAUAACUCCCCAGUCUGUUCUUCUCUGCGCAUUCGAAGGGAUAUCUUACCUGCUCUGUGCUCUUGAAGAUGGCCAUCUUUUUAACUUCCAGUUGGAUACACGUACCGGGAAACUGAAAGACGGAGAAAAAGUAUCUCUCGGGACUGGGCCUAUAACUCUGCGUGCAUUCUCAUCUAAAAGCGCCACACAGGUCUUUGCUGCAUCAGAUACACCAACCGUCAUCUCUAGCAGCAACGAGAAACUGUUAUACAGCAAUGUCAAUUUUACAGAAGUUAGUCACAUGUGUCCUUUCAGAUCUGCUGAUUUUCCCAACAGUUUCGCAUUUGCCAGUGAUGAUGAAGUUACGAUAGGCACCAUUGAUGAUAUUCAGAAGGUUCAAGUCCGUACCAUUUCUCUUGAACAGCAACCUCUUUGUAUUUGCCAUCAGAAGCAGACAGGUACACUUGGUAUCUGCAGUGUAGAAAAACACGGAAAAUCUGAAAGCCAUUUUGUCCGUCUCGUAGCUGACAAAACUUUCGAUAUUCUGUCAACUCAUCCCUUGGAAGCCUCUGAACAAGGUUGCUCCAUACUAAGCUGCUCGUUCACCGGUGAUGAAAACUUCUAUUACUGCGUUGGAACCAAGUAUGGUGAUCCGGACGAAGCUUUUCCAACUAAGGGAAGAAUACUAGUAUAUCUAGUUAAAGAUAUGAAACUGAAUCUCAUUUAUGAGAAAAAAACUGAAGGAGCUGUACAUUCCCUCCAUGCAUUUCAUGGCAAGCUUCUUGCAGCAAUUAAAAUCAGUAUUCAACUACAGGAGUGGAUACUGCCGGAUCUUAUAUUAGAGGCUGAAUGUAGAUAUGAUGGAGGUGCGAGAUUACCAUGUGUUCAGACCCGUGGAGACUUUAUCUUUUUUGGUGGUGAAGGGCCAUCGGUCUGCUUGCUGAAGUACAAGCACGAGGAAGGUGUAAUUGUGGGACAGGGUUCGGAAUGGGAACUCAAUCCGAAUUCCACGUCAGCGACUGAGAUACUGGAUGGCGAUAUAUAUCUUGGUGCUGAGAACAGAUUCAAUCUGUUUACACUGAAGAAGGUCGAUGAAGGUAGAGGAUUUUCAAAGCUAGAGGUAGUUGGGGAGUAUCACCUUGGGGAGUUAGUGAGCAGAUUCCGCCAUGGAUCUCUCGUAAUGAGACAGCCGGAUUCAGAGAUCCCAACUGUUAUCUUUGGUACGGUCGGUGGAAUGAUUGGCGUGAUUGCCUCGCUGCCUGAAGAACAGUAUAUUUUGAUGGAGAAAUUUCAAUCAACUUUGAGGAAAGUGAUUAAAGGAGUUGGCGGAUUAAGCCAUGAGCUAUGGAGGUCGUUUGAUAACAAUCACAGAACAGCGCAAGCUAGGAAUUUCUUGGAUGGAGACUUGAUCGAAUCGUUCCUGAAUCUGAGCAGGGACAAGAUGGAUGAGAUAUCUACAUGCAUGGAUGUUCCAGUGGCAGAGCUGCGUAAGAAAGUUGAAGAGCUCACCAGGCUUCACUAA